AUGGUCGAGCAGGAUUCGCGGGCUGAGCGGACGCGGGAGGAAAGUGACGAGGAGGAUGAGCAGGAGGACGGCGACGAGCCGGCGUACGAUGACAGGCAAAGGUACGACGGCGGGCGGGCGCACGACGACGAGCCGGAGUACGGCGACGAGCAGGGGCGCAAGGACGGGCAGGAGUACGACGGCGAGCAGAAACGCGGCGAUGAGCCGGAGUACGGCGGCAAGAAGGAACACGGCGACGAGCCGGAGUACGGCGGCGAGCGGGAACACGGUGACGAGCAGGAAGACAGCGACCCGCAGCAGGAGGGCAACGAUCUAGCGCCAGUGGGGCCCCACGUGCCGAGCGGAGCCGUGGAGGGAGAGCGCGCGCCCGGCGCGGAACACGCCAACAACGCAGCGGCAGCAGAAGAAGAAGAGGGAGAGGCGCGAGAGAGGGGGGCACGUGCCACAGACUUCGAGCGUCUGGAAAGGCGAUACGCCCCCGACCCGCUGCAGCAGGAAACGCACGACAGGAAUUCCGCGUCGGCGAGCGGAGACGAGGGACGUAAGCUCGCGCUCGCCCCGAGAAUCGCCGCGGAGGGCCGAUCGGCACGGCAGGAAAGCGGGGAGGAGUGGAAGAGAAUGUGGUUCGCUCGGCGGCGCCACCGUGGGCACCUAAAGGAAGCCGUGGGAGAGGACAUCGCUCGCCAGAGACGCAGCGGCACUGGGAGGGGCGACGAGAAGAAGGAUCACGCUCACCGCACGAGCGGCAACAGUGGGGGACAGGGCACAGAGGGGUGUCGCGGUCGCCCGACCGGCGCCGUUGGCGAGAAGGAAGGCGGGAAGAAGCAGACCGCACCCAGCCCGGCGCACGGCAGCAGGGAAAGGGCAGGGAGGAAUGGUCGCCACCACCAGCGAGACGUCAUCCGCGUGAAGCCGACCACAAGGAAUGGGAGCAGAGCCAUUAUUCGUCGGCGCGGCGAUGGGAGCGGGCGGGCAGGGAAGAGGGUCUGUGGGGCCAGUCAAGGGAGACGCGCGGAGAGCAGUUGGAAAGCAGGGCCAAGUCAGGCAGCUUGGCGCAAGGGGCGGAACGAGCACGAAUGGCCAGAGAAGGCCUAG